UGGAAAACUUUAAAGAAGCAACCUUUGCUCCAAGCAAUUCCUUUUGGUGACCCAAACCAUUUAAUCUCCAUGGAGUCUUUGUUGUUUUAGACUUGCCAGAAAAUGCCUAAACCAGUAGCCGUCACGCAUGCUGAUCUCGCACCCAGCCGUAAAACCACUGAAUUGAGCAGCAAGACUAGCGUUCUUUUCGUUGUCUUUACCGUCAUCUGUGGCCUCUUUUGCUUCGUCCUUUGUCUCAUAGCCGAAGCCACUCGUUCCCAGGAGAAGCGGGUGGAUGAUGGGGAAGACAUGAAAUACCAAUGCGUUUACAGUGGCAGCGGCAAGACGCCGUUGUUGUGCUCGGGCGUUGCGUUUGUUGGACACGCGGCUGUGAUGUUGGUGGAGCAUGUGUACAUGUUGAUUGCGGUGAGUCAAUCGCCGCCUCCAUCGGCAGGAAUGGUUUCUUGGGACCUUGAUUCUGCUCGUUUCAAGACUCUCACAUGGCAGGCUGCGUUUGUCACCACUUGGGUUUGCUUUGCAGUUGGGGAGAUAUUGUUGUUGAUUGGGGUAAGUGUGGAAUCGGGACAUUUGAAUAAGUGGUGGAAGCCAAGAGAUGGGUGUCUCAUCCUCGGAAAAGGCUUGUUUUGCGCUGCUGGUGUCUUCACAUUGAUUACUGUUUUCUUGGUGGCGGGAUUGUACUUAACAGCACUACAUGCCCAAAAAAUGUUCCAACACCACCACCAUGUUCGCCAACAGGUUCUUCAAACCUCCGUCCUGUAUGCAUCACCGCCUGGCUCGCCGUCUCAUCGGUUGACAACCAUGGCCAGAGAGGAUCCGGUGAUCACCGAAUUGUCAAAUCAACCGUCACCUUUUUCAUUUUCAGGGGAUUUUGAAAAGCAAUUUAGUGGUGUUUAGAGCAAAGCUGAAGGCACAAGCUCUAACUACUCUUCCUUUGGAUAUACUGAGAAAAAAAAAGAAUUUUUAUCUGAAUUUUGUAAAUGAU